CCUACGCAAACGUUGCCGUUCGGACGGACUUUAUUUAUCCGCCGCCGCGAUAAUAACUUUGUUUCUAUGCGAAAUAUCCAUUAUUUAUACAAAACCGCAAAAUAAAUAUCAAAAUUCAAUACAAAAAGCGAUUCCGUCGACGGUAGCCGGCCAGUGCACAGUCCGAUCGUCAUGGGACAACUUUUCAGAUUUGUAAUCGUCGUUGUAGUUGGUUCUGUUUGGUGUUCCGAAGAGAUUCAAUCUAAUUUCUAUAGGGAAGAACCGUGCGCCGCACAGCAGGGCUACUGCGUGCUAGAAAACGAAUGUCCGACGAGUCCUACCGAUCAAUUACGGAGUCUGUGUCCGGGCCAAAAAAAUGCCGGCGCUGUGUGCUGUAAAAACUUUCCGCAGCAAAAGCUCAAUUGUUUCCAGUUGCACAACGAUUGCCGAGACACGUGCCCACCGAAUUUGAACCUGGGCAGAAAGGGAUGCCCUACAGGAACGAGUUGUUGCGUGUUGGUAUAAUAUAAUUAUAUGCAUUGAAAACAUGCUUUUUGUUUAAU